AUGGACGGAAUACCCGUCUUGGGCAUCGAGGUGUUGGGUCCGGAGAGGCGGACACCUGUCGAGGUUGUGCGGCAGCUCCGUGCGUCGCAGCCCUCAUCACAUGCGUCACAGGGGGCGCUACCAGUACAGCGCGAGCCGCUCGAGCCUCCGCAGUCGUUGUUGCGCCGAACCGCAGAGACAGGGCGGUCAUCUGGAUCCUCGAAAUCCCGAUCGCUGUCGCCAUCCCGAAGACUCCCAGCACCCGGCGAGGUCCCAUGGCAGAAGUUCUGGAACACCAAGUAUGCCCCACGGGAUCAUGGCCAUCGCCAAAGGAGUCGAAGGCAAGCCUCGGCUCGGGCAUCAAGCCGGAGUCCUUCCACGCGGCCAUCCAGCCCACUGAUGGUAGACAGUCGGUCGGCGUCAAUGAACGAACGGCGACGCCCAGCAGAGCUUCAGUCACAGGAGAAGGCGCCACAAUCGCGUGACUUCUCGCCAUACUCGCCUCUGUUCAGAGUCUCCUGGGAUCCCUCCACAGGACGUCGGCAGUUCGCUCCCUCCGAGCGGCUUCACAACGAUGCGCGCUCGGCGCUCAGCAAAGUGCUCCUGGCGGCUGCCGCCAGAGGAGAUGCUGUGCAAGUUUCGGGCGUGCUUGAGCACGCUGCAGAGAGGGAGCUCUUCGAAGGUGAUGUUUCACAGAUUUCUGUGUCUGAGCUCAUGGAAGCCCGGGAGCAGAAGGGCUGUACGCCACUUCAUUGUGCUGCCAAGCAUGGACAUGCAGAGGUCUGUGCCCUGCUCUUGAAGCGCCGCGCGGACGUCCGCGCCGUGGAAGACCACGGUGCCGCGCCCCUGGCCCUGGCGGCUUUGCAUGGGCACCGGAACGCAGUGCGCAGCCUCCUGCAGCACCGGGCGCAUCCGCUCGCCAGCGAUGAGAAGGGGCGGAAUGCCUUCCACCUGGCAUGCUGCAACGACAUCGAAACCGUCCGCAUCCUUUUGCAGACCUGCCCGGGCAUCGAGCUGCUGAAGGAUGCACAGCAGCGCAACGCUCUCUACUAUGCUAUGGGCAAUCCAACCGAGAAGUCGAGAUGGGAAAUUCUCCGCUUGCUGCUGGACAGAGGGUGUAGUGCCAGUGAGGUAGAUUCUUUCGGCCGACCUGCGCUGUACUACGCAGUGCAAGCAGGGGCCCUGGACGUCGCCGCGAUGCUCCUGCAGGCGGUGGACCUGGAGCAACUCAGGCCGUCAUGGCUGGACAGUGGAACAGGUGCAACGGCGAAUGCGCCAGCGAAGCCAAGCUCCGCAGAGAAACCAGCGUCAAAAGCAACUUCCCUGCCCGACCAAAGCAACUCACAGGCAGAAAUUGCACCUUCCGGUAAGGGAAGGCCGACUCCUGCAGGGGCAGAUUCCGAAGCAUAUGCCAUAGCAGCAAAGGCCUUGUGGAAAGCCGCGGAUCAGAGCAAGGCACUGGCAGAAACGACACCAGUCCAAGAAAGGAAACCGGCGGCUCCGGAGGCAGAUGCCGACACAGACGCAACGAGAGCACGGGCCGGAACGGCGCCCGCCCAAGAAAAGAAACCGGCUCCUGCCGAGGCAGAUGCCGACGCGUUCGCCGCAGCAGCGCAGGCAUUGUGGAAAGCCGCUGAUCAGAGCAGGGCACAGGCCGGAACGGCGCCUGCUCAAGAAAGGAAACCAGCUCCUCCUGAGGCAGAUGCCGAUGCGUAUGCCACAGCCGCGAAGGCCUUGUGGAAAGCCGCUGAUCAGAGCAGAGCACAGGCACCCGCCGAAGAAAGGAAACCAGUUCUUGCGGAAGCAGAGGCCGUUGCAUAUGCCACAGCAGCAGAGGCACUGUGGAAGGCCGCUGAUCAGAGCAAAGCGCAGGCGGCGAAAUCAGGAGAAGAGAGAAAGACGGAAUUGGCUGCAGAAACAGAUUCUGCCACGAAUCCAAAGCCAACGCCUUCCGACUCCGUCGCGGAAAGAAGUACGGCUGAGACAGCGAAAGCGCGGACUGCAAGCAAGGCAGACAGUUCCGCUCUUCCCGCUUCGGUGCCAGUGGCAAGCACCAAUGAGACACCGCGAAGCUACGUGGAUCCUCUGCCUGCUGCAGAAUCUGCGUGUCGCUUGGGAAAAGAUCCAGCUGCCACUGUUGCGAGCGACCUGAAGGCCUUGGUGCAGAAGCACACCUUCCUGAAUCCGGCAACGGCCAAGUGCCGGCACCCGCUCCAUUGCUGGGUGAGCCGCUGCGCACAGGUUUUGCUGAGCGACCCUGUGGAAGCGCAGGCUUGCCUUGCACGGAUAACCCGCGGUCUUGAUCUUGAUCGAAAUCGCAUCGACACAGCCUUCCGCCGCUUCGACGUGGACCGGUCAGAUCAUUUGGAUGACGGAGAGCUCGCACGCCUGGCAGCUUAUCUUGGCUUCGAUGUGGACCCGACGGAGUUGGACCAUGACGAAAAUGGCAGCAUCAGCUUGGACGAGUUCCAAGACUUUGUUGGCCGCAUGGGGGGCGUGCAGCGGCUUUUCGAGCAGCGCCGGCAGCAGGUGGCGAGCCUGCGGAGGGAUGCCACGAGCCUGGCCGGCGUGGCCGUUGGAGCGCGGGUGCGGAGUCACUUCUAUGCGGGCACAAAGCCUCAUCGCACAAAGUCUGAAGAGCCGGAAGAGGCGAUAGUCAUCGGGGUGCACUUCAAGGGAGAGGAAGACAUCGCCUGCCCCUCUCAGCUGGAGGUGCAGCUAGAGUUCUUGAGGAGCAGCCGCAAGACCUGCGUUCCAGCGCACUGGGUGGUGAGCACGGAAGAGGACGCCGAGGUGGCGGCAGCCCUGCGGGAGGUGGGCAUCCACGAGGAGGACCAGGGUUUCUGGGACUCCAUUUACCCCGCUUCCGAGAUGCGCGAGGUGUGCCGUCUGACGAGCUGCCAGCGCCGUGCCGUGGCACAGGUUCGAGCACAUGCCACAGCCAGCCACGAGGAUGCCGAGAAAAGAGUGCUGGCUCGCUUCGAGGAGAUGGGAUUCAGCGACAAGGAGUUGCAGGCGGUUCUGAGCUGGAUACAAGACCUCGCUCCUGUCAUCAUCCAUGUCAACAUCGACACUGUGGGCCGCUUUCUGGAGUCCGACGAGUAUUACAGGAGCCAGUUUGAGACCAAGACGUCGUAUGGAGCCAUCGAUGAGGGGAAUCAGACGCGCAUUGCGUGGGAGCGGGACCUCUUUGGAGAUGCGUAUGACGACGCCAAGCCCUUCGAGCGAUGCAAGUACGGUGCUCUGAACGUCACCAAUGACUUCGAAGGUUGCAAGCCCGCCUUCCAAUAUGGUGACUCCUACCUGGUCCUCAAAGAUGUCCGGCUUCGCUGCACCUUCGCCCCUGAGGAUUCUGGAGGCAUCUCAGGAUCCCGACUUGCAGUGCUUGACAAGUACGCGCAUGUGCUUGAGGAAUACGAAGAGGAGGAGAUUCGCAAGCUGGUGGAUGUGGCCACCGCGCCGCCUGCACGCCCCAGCUCAGAGGCCCCACGGCUACUGCGAGGCAGUACGGAAGAUCCCACACAGCAGUGGGUGACGUUCGGCUUCCCGCAGCUGAAGCGGAAGAAAGGCUGUGUUUUCUUCGAGGUGGAGCUGGUUGAGGGCUGCUGUCUGCCCCAGGUUGGUUUGGCCAGCGAGCAAUUCCAGUGCUCGCCUGGUGUCCAGUCCAGGUUUGGGGUUGGCGACGAUGAGUGCAGCUGUGGGGUUGAUGGCAUGCACGGUGCAUGCCUCAAGGGUGGACCGUUCUGUGCCUGGAAUGAUGUCAGCUGGAAGAAGAAGGAGUCUGAAGCGUACUGGGAGGAGGAUGGCCAACAGCUCCUCGCCGAGACCGUCGUGGUCGGCGUCGUGGUAGACUUUGAGUUGAAUGCUGUCUGCUUCGCAUCGAACGGGGCGUGGAGCGAACCCUGGAAGCCACAGCUCUCGCAAGAGGACAUGCCCUCCUUCUUUGAAGGCCUCUACCCGGCGAUCUCGGUGAAGGGUCGUGCCUCCUUCCAGUUUGGCCCAGACUUCAAAUGUCCGCCCCCGAAGUCCUACAAGUGGGAAAGCUGGCCUGGAGCUGGUCGAGGGCGGAUCCCAAUUGACUGCCCGGCUGUCGGAGAUUCGAGCGUGCUGUCCAUCUACAAGGAAGCCCAGAUCCACGGCGAAGUGAGUCUGAAGCGAAACGUGCUUCGCUUGGUUGCUGCACAGAAGUACAAGCAGAAGGCUCGCUGCUGGACCGUACAGGUGAGCAAUGCGGGCCGCUGCAGCGGCACCUACAAGUGGUCUGGGCGGCACAACAAGCGUUCCUUCUACAGAUCACCUUCCGGUGCCAUCAUCUACUACUGCACGGAGGACACGUCGUGGCACAUGAACGACAAUGCCGACACAGCUGGCUUCGUUUUCCGAGCUCCGGUAGAGGCGGUGCACCUCAGCAGCGCUGGCAACACCGGGCUCCUCUCCGUUGAGCCGCCACGUGGUGGCUGGAAAGCGGCAUUGGAGUUCAAAGGCUGCGUGCGCCGAGAUGUUUUCAAGCCAGCCAUGCUGGCCUUGGCGGUGCCCGAGGACGAAGUCAAUGCUUUAAUGCAGGUACUUUGUGCCCAAGCUGGUAGCGACAAAGACCUCAUCUUCCGCAAACAUGGAGCUUCCUCGUUCAGGGCGGAAUGGUCGAAGCUGGCGCUGCGACUUCUUGCGGCGCGUGGAAACGAGCGCUUCCCAAACGCCGCCGAGGCCUGGAACCAGGUCGUGCGAUCUGCGCAGGCUCAGUUGCUGGAAAGUAUCGGCCUGCCUCGAUCCACUUCCGUUGCUGUGAUCCGCAGUGAGCAAUGUCAAGACACUGAGCAGCGGCAGUGUAUCUCUUUGGGACCCAAUGCUGCGAAGGAGGCAAGCAAUGGCAUUGCCGUGCACGUCCUGAGACUCCAAAGCACAGAUCUCGAGAUCCUCCUGACUGAGCCGCGGCUGCCCUGGUGCUCAGCUGGUCCUGGCGCUCGAGCUGUGGCGAUGGUGUCAAGCAGCUGCUUCCUGAGCUCUUUCGGCCUCCCAGACGUCCCUGGCACCGUCGUCGAGAGGGGCCCUGGAGCACUUCGCCGUCUCGAGCUGGAGGAGUCUGAGGUCGCCAGGAACGAGAUGUUUUGGCCACUUCAGGAGGCUUCCGCAGAGGAGGGAAUCAGCCCAGCCGCUUGCCGCUUGAGCUCCGGUACAAAGCGGCCAGCGGUUUCUCUGCAAAAUCCAGAGGGACAGGAGCUGGUGUUCUUAAGGCUGGCUGUGAGUGCAGCCCUGUUUGGACCUUUCGCGAUGGUGGAGAAUGAGAUGGUCUUCCAAAACCCAGAAGAUCGCACCAUGGAGGGACGGUUCUCCUUUGCUUUGCCAAUGGGAGUGGACGGCCCAGCCAUGCCAAGCCGCUUUGCCAUGCAGAUCGGAGAGAAGCUGAUGGAGGGAGAAGUGGUCAACAGAUCCAAAGCGCAGCGCGUCUACAGAGAGAUCCUGCACCAAGCACGGGAUCCGGCUCUCCUGGAGCAGAGCCAGGGCAACAUCUUCACGGCGAGAGUGUUUCCCAUUGCACCACGCGCUCUGGUACGCUUGGUACUCUCCUACACACUCACGGUUCCAUCCAGAAAGACGUAUCGCUCGCUGCAGAUUCCCAUGGCCGGUCUGCCCGAGAUAAAGAACCUCACGUUUGUGGCCGUCACGCAGACGUUGGGCGAUGGUGUUUUCAGUGCCAACUGCACCCUGCCUGAGGUAGGGCAAGUGAAUGGCGUCAUGGAUGGAGACCUCAUGCGUUUUGCACAGGAGAUGGGCCCUGUGGUACCUCUCACUGAUGCUAUUGUCGAGGUUUGGGACCCGAAUGUUGCCAGCAAGUCUUUUGCUGUGGGUGAUGGGCAGCUGGUGACCUCGUAUGUCGUCGGAGAUGAUGUGGCUGUGUCCACCACCGCACGAUUCGAGCCCUCCAGCUGGAUAGUUUAUGUGGAUACAUCUGCUUCCACUGCAGAUUCUUUCGUUGUAAGAACUCCUCUCAUUGCGGCUCUCUUAGAUGCCAUGCCAGCUGUGGAUGUGAGGGUUCUCGCCUUUGAUAUUGAAGUGGAAGAGCUGUGGCCCCUGGGUCCAAAGACUAGUGCGCUCGGAAGCAGCGUCCGCGCAGCACUUGAGGCCCGCGGACCGCUUGGAGCGACAGACCUGGAGCUGCUCCUCACGCACAUCCAAAGCAACGCUGGCUCGUCCGUGAACGAGACAGUGGGCGUGUUGAUUUUGAGCGACUUCAUAGCGACGGCCAACGAAAGAGCAGCCAUGAAGCUGGCCCGGCUCCUCGAGACCUCCGGAAAUCGCGUGGUCUCCUUGGGCGUCAUCGGCGCAAAGUACGAUAGCGCCGUCGGACGGGCCGUCGCAGCAGCCGGAGGUGGCCGAUCUGUGCAGAUUCCAUUGACAUCCAAAGAAGUGCCCUCUGUCGCUUCAAAAGCCUGGCAAGAACUCACCGAGCCGCUCGGCUUGAAUGCCAGCGCAGUGGUUUCGAGUGGUUGGGUUUGGCCAGAGACGUUCUUCGAUCUGCAGCUUGGAGAUGAAGUCAUUGUCUACAGUGGUGGCCAGACGGGCCUGCAAGCGCAAGCGCCAGAGCUCCAGAUUGCUGGCAAAACCGUAUCCGCCAGUGCUGUUCAGGCCGCAGCAGCAUCCUUCGGUUCACUGUUGUCUCGGGAAGCAACGAAGGCACGCUUGGAUCUCUUGGAAUCGGAGCGCCAGCUUGCACAGAGUGCUGACGCAAGCUCACAGAUAGAGUUUCAGAUAGUGGAACUCUCCGAGACAAGCCGAGUGAUGACGCCUCAUACAGCCUUACUUGUGCUGGAAACCGACGAGGACUAUGUACGUUACGGAAUACCUCAAGAUCGCCUUUCCCCCAUCUUGGUGGUGACGGCAUCGGGAGUUCAGUUGAUGUCCCGGUCAACCAUCCACCUCCCAGCUCUUCCGGCCCCAAUCGCAGAUGGGGACCUGCCCAGAGUGCCUCCGAACGAGACGGGCUCGAACAGCUCGAACGAUACAGCCUGCGAAGUGUCAGACGCCGCAGCAUGUGCCCAGCCCGAAGACAUCUUCUCAGCAGAUGAUGCUGGGGCUCAACUGGGGGAGGGGGAUUACGCGAGUAGUUCCUUUGCUGGUGGCGGCACAAGAAGUAGCUUCAGCCUGUUGCUCUGUCUUCUCUUGCUGAUUUUGCAGCCCAUGCAAGCUGUGGCACAAGCAAAGUGGGCCGACCCAGUGACAGAAGCGGAUAGUAUCCUCAGCAAACACAGCACGCCUCCAACGGAAAGGAACCGCGAUACUGCGUCAAGCUACGCGGGAGCUCUGUGGACAAAGCGCCGCGUGCAGGACUUGCGCAACUUCUGUGCGACAUGGAUCACCUGGGACCCGACGAACGGUUUGGCUUUCGAAUACAUGAGCAAGGCAGGGCAGCACCAGGGAGAUUCCUCCCUGGCUUUGCGGGCAGCGACGUCCAUUGCCGAAGUGAGACCCCGAGACUCAGAGCAGCUCUUGCGAGCCUCCUGGCUGGCGCUCACCUUGGCCUCGGACUCCCCGAAGGCGGCGGCCUAUGCCCGACGCUUCGCCCAGAGGUCCCUGGAGGAGCGAAACGACAACGUGAACACCUACCGAGCUCUUGCCAUGGCGGCCUGGAAAGAGGAGGACUACACUUUGGCGGCCGAGACCUAUGCGAGGGGCCUGGCGACCAGCUUCCAUGGGAGGUAUGGGGAUGUCCAAAGAGUGCUGGAAGAGGAGGCCGCGCUCUUCCUUCGUGCCUUGUAUGCCUCCGAGAAAACGAAGCCACUCUUCCAAGAGUUUACCACGGGCGUUCUGAAAACCGUGGACACCCAAAAGGGUGGCAGCAUUGGACUCCGGAUCACUCUUUCUUGGCUGACAGAUGCAAACGACGUGGACUUGCAUGUCAUCGACCCCGACGGAAACGAAUGCUACUAUGGGAACAGAAACACCCCCUGGGGUCUGGAGCUUUACAGUGACCAGACCGCUGGCCUCGGGCCCGAGGUCGUGGUUGUAAGCGAGAAAAAAGGCACCUACAAAAUCGGUGUGAAGUACUUCAGCAGUGGGGCGAUGGGCGCAUCCAGGGGUACCGUGAUCAUUCGGCAGAUUGACGGCGGCGUCUCCCGAGAUCCCGUGAUGGAAGUCUUCACGCUGCCGGCGGGGUUGAGCUCGGUGCUGGAGGUGGCCACCUUCACUGUGAAGGAGCCGCAAAGCCUCCGUGGAAGGUGGUGCAGCAGAUGCCUGGGCAGCCGCUGCCUUCUCGAAGUGCACUCGACAUCUGCCGACGGCGCAGUGACCGCAGAGCUUUGGCUCUCCAGAGGCGGCCUGCAGUCUCCGCGAAGCUUCAAGGGCUCCUACGAUGCAGCAUCACGGACCUUGAAGGGCUCUGCAAAUUCUAGCCAGGAUUCCACCGCUUGGAGCGAUGGUCUGGAGGAGAUUUCGCUGACGCUGUCCGAAAAUGGCUUGACGCUCUCCGGACGCGCCGACUCCGAGGACGUGACGUUUCAUCGCCGGACCAGUUUGAAGAGCUACGUGUGGUGUGCUGGCAGUGAGAGCUUCGAUUCCAAGGACAGCCCAGUUUCUCGGCAGGUGGUCCAGUACGGCAAGCAAGAGAAGGCCGGCGACGAACUGAUUCUGGGGAUCUCCAAGGCGUCCCCCCUGGCACCGCUUUUUUUGGAAGCCUUCCUCAAGCCCAGCGGCGCUGCGCAGGAGCAAGGCGUGCGACCGGGUUGGUACCUGGACUUGGAUGCCACUCUGUUCGGUCCGGCCUCCGAAUCGGAGACAAUGAAGGCGAUCAAGGCCGAGCUUGGCAGCGAUUUCCCAGAAAACUUGGAGGAUGCCUACAGGCAGAUUCACACCUUGUACAAGCGCCUUUGCGACUGGCUGGCGAAACCAGGCUUAAGUCUGGUCUUCUGCAAUGCCGUGAAGGCAGAGUUGCUGCCGGCCUGCUUGGUUCGUUUCCUCGGCAGCCCAAGGCAGCAGCUGGGGGAGAUGAUGCAAGAUGGCACCCUGACUGGCGACGGACUUCUUCGCAGCAGCCCAGCGCACAUUGCGGGAGUUCGUGGUGGAUGGCAGCUCGACGUGCAGAAGAGCGCCCAGCUGGCAUCUCUGAACAUUGAAAAGGCCAAGGAGACGAGUGAGGCGAUUGCCGCAGUUCUGGACGGCGAUUCCGAGAGGGUUCUGGCCUUUUCCUGUCCGUCCGGGGACGAUGCAUGGGAACUGCAGGAAGGUUCAGAUUGGACAGAGCCCUUCCUGAUGCCCGGAGCGGACACUGUGGCGAUCAGGAUUGAGAGCAGCCCAGGGAAUUCUGACGAGCAGCACCUGCUCGUGGUAGCAGUUCCCACAGGCGAUGAGUUGGCGAAGCCAUCGGCAGAGCAGCUGCAGAAGCUUGCGAGCAGCUGGGAAGGAGCUUGUGAUGGGUUCUACGGGCUGAAGGGAGAAGAGGUGACGGUGGAGAGGGACAGCUGGGAUGAAGUGCGACUGAGGGCCCUCUGCGCCCAUCACGGCUGGGACUUCUCAUGGAUGAGCGAAGACGACGAACGCCGGAGGCGCAUCGUCGAGGGCUUCGCCGGCUCUUAG